AUGGACGACGGAGAGCCCACGCACAUCAUUGACUUCAAGCUGCCUUUGCAUAGCGAGGAUCACUAUCUCGAGGGCCAACAUGUGGACAGCCCGGCGACCACAUUGUGGAACUACUGCGUGCUGCUGAAGGUGUACCCACGAGGCUUUGGAUUUACGUCCCAAGGGCCAGGGGUUGCCACCAAGCUUGUCUUCGUGCCUAUCUACACAGACUCCGAGGACACCCUGAACAGUGCCCUGUCUGGCAAGACAGACGAGCUCAUGAUUGGGGAUGUUCGAUUUCGACUGACUGCUCGGUAUGCCGGCCAAACAGAAACUCGGAAAGGCUCCCCACAGCGACUUCGAUGUGGGAAAUGCAAUGAGUGUUUUACUCUGAAGCAUGCCGUUUGCAAGUCUGAAGCUCUACUCAUGCCCCCGAAGUACGUGCCUGGCGAGUACCUGCACUGCUUGGUAGAGCUUUGGUUUGAUCCGAAAGCUCUGGGCUACGAGCCUAGCAAGCGCCGCCGCCUGGAUUAUGGAAAGGACCUGUGGCGAGACAUGAAGUUUACCGACAUGACAAUGCGUGCAGGCGAUGAUGGAGAAGACAUCCCUUGCCACCGGGCAGUUCUUGCCAGGAGUUCUGACGUCUUCGACCGAAUGCUCAGCUCUCAGAUGAAGGAGGGCACUGAGCGUUGCAUCAUCAUCCGCGAUGCGGCGUCUGGUACGCUGAACAAGCUCCUUGAACAUAUCUACACUGGUGAGGCGCCGGAAAGCACUUCUGUGGAAGAGCUCGGUGAGUUGAUCUGCUUGGGCAACCAGUAUGGGCUGGCGCAACUCGCCGAGUCCUGUGCGGCGAGCCUGUCAAAGAUGAUGUCAGCCAAGAUCCAGAGCUCGUUGCGGCACUUGUUGACGCUAUCUGAAAAAGACCCAAUUCAGAGCGUGGACGCGGCCGAAAAGGUCUUGGGUCAGGCAAAGGGCAAAGGGAGCAAAAAGGGCAAGCACCCAGGCGGGGCGGUGUGGACGCCUGAGGUUGCAAGGUUGCAUGCCCAGCAAAUUGGGCUCUUCGCACAGAAGACUGACGAUCCCAUUGCAACCGGUAUGCCGGGUAUGCUGUCUCACGUUGAAUGUGCUUUUGACCCCUCGCCCGUCUCCAAGUGGCGGGGGUUGCCUGUGCUGGUGACCAACCUCCACUUUGAGGUCGGUGUACCGACAGAACCGCUUGCGUUUGCGGAGCGCUUUGGUUCAGAGGUGGUGCAAGUCAGCGAUGGCCGCAACGAGGAGGGGGCGCGACGACACCGCAGCAUGAAGUUGGCGAAAUAUCUCUCAAGGCCAGCAAGUGUCAGGUUCGAUGGUCGGAGCUCUCUGCCGACCAUCUUUCUGUCGGACUUGCUUACGCCGCUGCAGCGCCAGAUUUGGCAGAGCGUCCGGCUGCCUCCUUUGCUGGAAGGCUUCUCAGCAAGACCGAUCCUCUCAGUCGGAGUCAAUAACUCAGGAGAGGACUUCCAUGCCCAUGAAGAGACUUGGCUUUGGCUGCUCCAUGGCGUCAAGGACUGGUGGGUUGCCGAUUCUGGUCUCCUGCCGAAAUUGAGGGGCUUGGAUCCCUGCCAAGAGCCAACCCUGCCUGGCGUCCGCUUCUGCACCCAGCGAGCGGGUGAGGUGCUUUUUUUCGGAACCCAGGCACAUGCGACCUGCAACCGAGCGAGAAUUGUGUUGGGCCUUGGUGCACAAGGUCGCACCGACACCUGGCCAUCGAUUCUUCGAGCUGCCCACGCUGGGAACGCGACCGAGCUGGAAGAAACUUUGUCAAGUCGUCCGGCGGACGCCGUGGCCUCGACAAAGCGCGGCCGUACAGCACUCCAUGAAGCGGCCGUUUGGGGGCACACCUCUAUGGUUCAGCAGCUGCUCAAUGCAAGGGCGGAUGUCAUGGCAUCCGACCGAGAGUCUUUGCAGCCCUCGCACGUGGCAGCGCUUCAUGGACAUCAGCCCGUUUUGGAGCUGCUUCACCGCACCUCACUGGCGCGAGGUCACAAGCCGUCACCUGGGCUGCUGCACCGCGCGGUAAUGCAGGGCCACACCGACCUGGCAGACUUCAUCCUGAAUUUGGAAGAUGCGCCAGAUGUGUCGCAGCCUUUCGAGCAGGAUGGUGCUCAGCCUCUCCACUUCGCGGCCAAGGCGGGCCAUGUCCAGGCCGUUCGCUUCCUCUUGAGUCGCGGCGCGCAGCUAGAAGCCACGUCUCCAAAAGAGGGCUUCACCCCCUUACACUUUGCAGCAGCCAUGGGCCACGCAGAGGUGGCCCGGCUGCUGAUAAAGAAGGGCGGCCGGCAAUCCAUGGGCAAGAGGGACAGGAGGGGCUUACUCCCGAUUCACUUGGCAAUCAGGGCCGGGAGCUCCUCCCUGGUCCAGGAUUUGAUGAAGCACGGCAUCCCAUCCGACCUAGUACACUUUGCGGCGGAGGGUGGCCGAACGGAAGUCAUCCGUAAAGUGCUGCAAACUAAGCCAGACCUUGGCAACACUCUGGACGCGCGCGGUUUCCGACCUUUGCAUAUGGCCGCCCUCGCAGGCCACUUGGAUGUCCUUGGCCUUCUGGUGGGCGAGGGGUUUCCCAUCGGCGCCACAGACACACAGGGCUUCACCGCGGUGCAUUUCGCAGCCAAGUCUGGCCACCGAGCCGCUGUUCAAUAUCUGGCCACCAUGAGGGCGGACCUGAAGAUGCGCUCCAAGGAUGGCACGACACCCCUGGACGUGGCCAAGAAACUGGGGCAUGCAACGCUGCUGGACCUACUCUCACCAGAACUGGCAACGAGAAGCAACGAGCUCUGA